AAGACAUAAAAAUAAAACAAAACCAUUCAGCAAUGAGACUAUACUCCAGUUCCUGGGCUAAAACAGAGCUGUUACUACAGUAAGUGUGCUUAUAAUGGUAGUGCAUAUUUAGGUGGUUGAUUAAAUUAAUGAGAGAUUAAACUGUAUAAAAACUUCAUAUCAUGAUUACUGUGAUCCACACCAUCAUGUUCAACUAUCUUGUGUCCAUGGUAUUUUAAAAUGUGCUGAACAUGUCCAAAAAUCACUGAUAAACACACAGAAAUAAUUUCACCAAGUUUUAUAUUAAAAAAAGCAUAAAUUAAGCAACACUACGCACCUUUUUCUUUGCAUAAGAAUGAUGACAUUGCUGAUGCCUGUACCAUGUAAACACACAAAAACCAUAUCAAACGUGCAUUAACAUUUAAAUACAGCCUUUCUUUGAAAUGCUUGAGUGUUUGUGUCACUGUAGAUGAGGACAAGGAACCAGUAGCAUGACUGGUUUGUGUCUGGGAGACUGUUGUGAACUUUGGCUGAUGCUGGACAGCAUUUACUAUUGACUUGGACACAAUUGAUGUCAGCAACCUGAACCGCCAGUUCCUCUUUCAGAAGAAGCAUGUUGGCAAGUCCAAAGCGCAGGUGGCCAAGGAGAGCGCCUUGCAGUUUUGUCCCACUGCAAAUAUCACUGCCUACCAUGACAGCAUCAUGAACCCUGACUACAACGUAGAGUUCUUCAGAAAGUUCAUGCUGGUGAUGAACGCUCUGGAUAACAGAGCGGCCCGUAACCAUGUGAACAGGAUGUGUUUGGCGGCAGACAUCCCUCUGAUAGAGAGCGGCACCGCUGGAUACCUGGGACAAGUCACAGUCAUCAAGAAGGGAUUGACAGAGUGCUAUGAGUGCCAACCCAAGCCCACCCAGAAGACCUUCCCAGGAUGCACCAUCAGAAACACGCCAUCUGAGCCCAUUCACUGCAUCGUCUGGGCCAAGUACCUCUUCAAUCAGCUGUUUGGAGAAGAGGAUGCAGAUCAAGAGGUGUCCCCCGACACAGCGGACCCAGAGGCUGCAUGGAACCCUGAAGACACGGCAGCUCGAGCCACAGCCUCAGAAAAGGACGGGGACAUCAAGCGAGUCUCCACCAAGGAAUGGGCCCGAUCCACAGGAUACGACCCUGUCAAACUCUUCAACAAGCUGUUCAAAGAUGACAUAAUGUACCUGCUGACCAUGGACAAGCUGUGGAAAAAGAGGAAAGCUCCCACACCGCUGGACUGGCAUCAGCUAGAGAACAGUGCAUGUCCUCAGGAGGAGUCUAUAGGUACAGGUUUGAAGGACCAGCAGGUUUUGGGUGUUUGGGGUCUCUGCCAGCUGUUCCAGCACAGCGUGGAGACUCUCCGCACACAGCUGCAGGAGAAGGGAGAAGGAGCCGAGCUGGUGUGGGACAAGGACGACCCUCCAGCCAUGGACUUUGUUACUGCAGCAGCCAACCUCCGUAUGCACAUCUUCAGCAUGAACACCAAGAGUCGCUUUGAUGUUAAGUCCAUGGCGGGCAACAUCAUCCCAGCUAUUGCUACAACCAACGCUGUCAUCGCUGGACUCAUUGUGCUGGAGGGGCUGAAGAUCCUGUCUGGGGAGCUAGAAUCCUGUCGCACGAUCUACCUGAACAAGUGUCCUAACCUUAGGAAGAAGCUGCUGGUCCCAUGUGUCCUCGAUCCGCCCAGCGCCAACUGCUACGUCUGCGCCAGCAAACCCGAAGUCACAGUCAAACUCAACGUCCACAAAACCACAGUCCUCUCUCUGCAGGACAGGAUCCUGAAGGAGAGGUUUGGCAUGGUGGCUCCAGAUGUUCAGAUAGAGGAUGGAAAAGGCACCAUCCUCAUCUCCUCAGAGGAAGGAGAGACAGAAGCCAACAACAGCAAAUUUCUUGCUGAUUUUGGGAUCCGUAACGGCAGCCGUCUCCAAGUUGAUGACUUCCUCCAAGACUACACACUCCUCGUAAAUGUCCUGCACACUGAGGAACUAGAGCGGGAUGUGGAGUUUGAGGUCGUAGGUGAGGCCCCAGACAAAGCUCCGCCCCCGCAGACUAACCAGGAAGAGGUUAACAGCAUCACCAACGGCAACAAGGACUCCGCCCAGCCAUCCACCUCUUCUAAAGCUCCAGCAGAGGAGGAUGACGUCAUGAUCGUUGACUCUGACGAGGAGGAAGGGGCGUCGUCCAGCUCCGCCGCUGCAGCAGCGACCAGCGGCACCAAGAGGAGGCACUCGGAUGUAGAAACUGGCGAGGCCUCCAGCAAGCGCCCCCGGACGGACCAAUCAAGUGCAGCAGCCGCCCCCACUGACAACGAUGAUGAUGACGACAUCAUCGCUCUGGAUUAACCCCUCCCUCCCGGUCUCCUCAAGGACUGCGAACUCUUUGAACGCUUUUUGUUUUGACUCAAGACUGACAGAAGGUUUGAAUAAAACACCUCUUUUUGCGAACAGUUUACUGCCCUGGUUGGUCUUUCGUCACUUCCUCCCCCUCAACUCUGUGUUUGUGCUUUCAUACUCCCUCUGCUCUGACAUGAUGCUGUAAAUAGGUUCUACAUUUUAAAACGUUUUGGAAAACACAUACAGCUUCUUUUUUGUUAUUUUUAUUAUUUCUGGUCCCUAUAAAAUAGUUCACUUGAUGGUUAAAAAAAAGUGCUUUUUUUUGUAUUUUUUAUAAACGUACUGUAUUUCUCAUGCUACACAAGUCAGGGUGUUUUGUGCUUUGUGGUCAGGUAAAAAAAAAAAAAAAGAUUUAAAAACCAAAACAUUUUUCUUGGGUUGUAAUAUUGAUCUCAGUCGUGAAGGGGACGGUAACGGACAGACCCGCGAGUCUGUCGGUGCUGUUGAUGUCUUUUAUCGGGUUGGUGAAGCACAGAGGCACUGACGGAGAGUUUGGCCACGUUGUGCCACGGGGGGUGUUAGUUUGCUACCUCUUUUCUAGAUUUAACAUGUUUUGGCUGCAAAUUUGUAACCAUGCCCUCCAUUACACCGCCACAGUGAGGCAUCCCGCUCUUGGAGAAUCAAAAAAAAGUGACUCAGAAACAGCCGUGGAGCAGCACAGCGGCGCGAACAUGCCUCUCUGUCAAACUGCACUGUAUCCUAAAGGCUCCGGCUAAGCACACGCAGCUUAGAUCCAGGCUAGAAAUAGUUAAAUGUUAACGUGUUACAGUCACUAUUUAUUAGUAUGACUUGGUUCUGUUGGAGCAGAGAGGGUUUGCUUGUUUAGACGGUUAAAGACAGAUCCAGAGACGGAGAAGUGGUUUGACCUGAACCAGUCGUUGUUUUUCAUACUGCAGAGGUGAAUCUGAUGGCGGUGGAGUCCUGCACUGAAAUAACAGAGGAACCUUUUUUGCACACAAAGUGCAGCAGUUGAGCUCCUGCUGUCUUUUUCAGUCUGUGUCCAUAGUUUCAUAUUUCAUUGUGAUCUGACUUGUUGUUGAAAGGCUACAAGAGCCAUUUGGACCAAUUUGAUGAAGACAAUAAACUCAAUUCAUGCAGA